CGAGCGGAGGUCCGCAGAGUGCUGUCCAGACAUGGCGACGUCCUCUGCCCUAGAGCGCUGCAGUGCACGAGAAGGCUAGACAGCUUCGUUACCGAGACGAUGCGCGUCGGCCCGCACUCAAUAAACACGUUUCAGCGCGAAGUGACGCGGCCGUUCCGCCCGUCAACCGGCCAGGAGAUGCCCGCGGGAGUUGUGAUCGAGGUGCCUGCCCACGCUGUCGCUCACGACCCGGAAAUCUUCCCCGAUCCGGACCGCUUCGACGGCCUGCGAUUCUACAGAAGCCGAGCGGAGGGCCGUCAUUUUGUGCCCGACUACCAGCACCAUUUCGACUCCUGCAAGGAGACGUUUUUGACGUUUGGAUACGGCCACCACGCGUUCCCCGGCCGCUCCUUGGCCUCCAAGAAUGUCAAGGCGAUUGUUGCCAAAGUACUGAUCCUGUGCGAGACCAAGUUGGUUGACGGCGUGACGGAGCAAUACCCGAACCUAACGUUCGGCCCAAUGUCUUUCCCUAGUCCGACGAAAGAGUUACUGUUCAAGAAGAUCAACCAGUGUCGAAAUUACUUGUUGGUGAGUUCUGUUUUUAAAUUCGGGCCCAGAAUGAAUUACACAUGA